GGCUCGCGGGUGCGGGAGGCCUGAGAGCGGCUGCUGUGUCCGCCAUCAUGGCGUUCGCGCCUGUGGGGCCCGAGGCCUCGUUUUUCGACGCCCUGGAUCGGCACAGGGCUUCCCUGCUGGCCGUGGUGAAGAGAGGUGCGGGGGAGAGCCCUCCCGGGGCCACCCGCGCGGCCUCUAGUUCUGAGGUUCUUACAGCUAUAGAAAAUAUUAUUCAAGACAUAAUCAAAAGCUUGGCAAGAAAUGAAGUGCCUGUCUUCACAAUAGACAACAGAUCAAGCUGGGAAAACAUAAUGUUUGAAGACUCUGUUGGCCUUCAGAUGAUACCUCAGUGUACCACAAGAAAAGUCAAAAGCGAUUCACCAAAAUCAGUUAAAAAAUUUGCUCUAAUUCUGAAAAUAUUGUCCAUGAUUUAUAAAUUAGUACAGAGCAACACUUACGCAACCAAGAGAGACAUCUACUACACUGACAGCCAGUUUUUUGGGAACCAAGCUGCAGUGGACAACAUUAUAGAUGACAUUUCCUGUAUGCUGAAAGUGCCCAGGAGGAGCCUGCAUGUGUUAUCUACAUCCAAGGGAUUGAUUGCUGGCAACCUGAGAUACAUGGAGGAGGAUGGUACCCGAGUGCAGUGUACCUGCAAUGCCACGGCUACUGCUGUGCCAUCUAACAUCCAAGGGAUCCGGAAUCUGAUCACAGAUGCAAAGUUUCUGUUAAUAGUAGAGAAGGAUGCAACAUUUCAGCGGCUCCUGGAUGACAACUUCUGCAGCAGAAUGUCCCCAUGCAUCAUGGUCACGGGAAAGGGCAUUCCCGAUCUGAACACAAGGCUCCUGGUGAAGAAGCUGUGGGACACAUUUCACAUUCCUGUUUUCACUUUGGUAGAUGCUGAUCCCCAUGGCAUCGAGAUAAUGUGCAUCUAUAAGUACGGUUCCAUGUCCAUGUCUUUUGAAGCCCACAGUCUCACCGUCCCAACUAUCAGAUGGCUUGGUCUCCUCCCUUCUGAUAUUAAAAGGUUAAAUAUACCUAAGGAUAGUUUGAUUCCGCUGACAAAGCAUGACCAGGUGAAACUGGACAGUAUCCUGAGGAGGCCUUAUAUUACCUACCAGCCCUUCUGGAGAAAAGAGAUGGAAAUGAUGGCGGACUCUAAGAUGAAGGCAGAGAUCCAAGCCUUGACUUUCCUGUCAUCAGACUAUCUUUCCAGAGUGUACCUCCCCAACAAGCUGAGGUUUGGAGGAUGGAUAUAAGAUCAGAGUCAGGUGGUGUAUACUUCCCAGAGCUUUCCAUCAGCUUGUUUGAACUGCAAACACUGGGUGAAGGAGUACCUAGUCUUAAUUCUGCAACAGUAAAAGUAAUUUUAUGUUAAUAUGUUUGUCAAAGCAAACUCCAUAAUGCCCUUUAGACUGUUUGAUCUUCUGUAAAGACAGAUUCUUAUUCUAGAGCAAUUAUAAAAUAAUUUAUUUAAUUUUUAAAUUUUAUUAGAAAAACUGUUGCAUAUGAACGUCUAUAAAAAUACCUACUUCUGCUGGGUGGUGGUUGUGCAUGCCUUUAAUCACAGCACUCAGGAGGCAAAGGCAGGGGGAUCUCUGAGUUCAA